CAGAACCACACUCCUCGCUCAACCAACACCACGGCAGCAAAAACCACCCCCAAUUCACAAGUUGCACAAAAAUUACACGAACCCAAAAGUCAGUUUAGCUAACCCCACGCCGCAGCAAAAUUAAAGAUCUCCUCGUUUUCUUCGGCUCUCUCCAAUCUUUCUCUCUCGACAAUGGACUAACACUCUUUGAAAACCUCCUAAACACUCACAACCUCUGCUAAAUUGCGCCGAUGGAUAACUACGCCUACACCACCUCGUACGCGGAGUCCGGCGACUCCUCGCCGCGAUCGCGGGAGAUCGACUUCGAGAACCCUUCGCCGUGGGAGGACCAGCCACCGAACAACUACAAGGUCAAGUUCAUGUGCAGUUACGGCGGCAAAAUCCACCCUAGGCCGCACGAUAACCAGCUCUCCUACGUCGGCGGCGAGACCAAGAUCCUGGCCGUUGAUCGCACCAUCAAGUUCUCCGGCAUCAUCUCCAAGCUGUCCGCUCUCUGCGACGCCGACGUCUGCUUCAAGUACCAGUUACCUGGAGAAGAUCUCGAUGCGUUGAUCUCGGUGACCAAUGAUGACGAUCUCGAGCACAUGAUGAAUGAGUACGACCGGUUGUAUCGAGCUUCGGCGAAGCCGGCGAGGCUGAGGCUGUUCUUGUUUCCGGCGAACUCGCCGGUUCCGUCUCAAUCGGGAUUUGGAUCGGGUGAGGAGAAAUCGGAUCGGGAGCGGUUUGUGGACGCUUUGAAUUCGGGACCGAUCCAGUCGUCUUCUCCGCCGUCGACGGAGGCUCCACCGCCGAACCACAUGGACUUCCUCUUCGGUUUGGAUAACAAAGGUGUGCCACCGCCGCCAGUUCCAGUGGCGAUGAAACUCCAGGAUCAGGUUCUGGAACCUCCGUGUUCGGACCGGUUUACCGGAUCCGAUCCGAUGCAGAGGCAGAUCCAGGAUUUGCAGAGGCUGCAUAUUGGAGGACAGGAACAAGCUAUGUAUCGGAAGAAAAGUGAUGAUAAUUUAGUCGGAGGCUUCCCGGGAGAAUAUUACGUUAAGAAGAUGCCGGAAAAGGUUUCGCCGACGACAGCACCGGCGAGUGUGCCGGCGCCGGUGUCAGUUCCAGCUGGAUAUUGGCCGGAAAAGCAAUUCGUGAGCGGAGGUUUUCAGGCGAACACUGCGGCAACUGAACAGCAACAAGUAUACAUGAUUUCAACUCCGGCCGGUAUGUAUCACGCGCCGAUGGCGAGACCGGUGACCGCUCCAACUGGUCAAGGUUACUACGCCGUGCAGAGGAUGCCACCGGAUGUCUACCGGGACCAGCAGGUGUACAAUGCUAUGCAGCAAAUGGCUGCACCACCAGCUCCGGCGGCGGCGCCGCCACAACCCACCCUGCAGCCGCAACAACAGCAGCAGAAGGUGAUGGGGUAUUCGGAUGGGUAUGGAAUGGUACGGCAACAACAAACUAGUGGUGGGCCCGGGGUGACGGAUAUGGCGUACGCGCAGAUGGCGUACGAUAGUGGUGUGGGAAGACAGGUCUACUACACUGCGCCCGGUGGUGUAAUGCCGCAGGGUUAUCAGGCCGUGGCGGUUAACGCCGAUAUGAGACCAGCUGGGACUUUGAGUCAAGAGGGGAAGGUGGUUACUGCUAAGGUCUCACAAACUUGAGUGUGAAAUGUGAACGAGAUAUUUCAUAAAUAUAAAUAAAAUAUAUAUUAUAUAUGUAUAAUUAUAUUAUUUCAGUAUGAGAAAUAAUUAUUGUGAUAUAUGUGAGGAUGAAAUGAAUUGGGUUUAUUGUUAAGGUCAACAAAUAUAUUUUUAAUAAUUAAUAUAAUUAGUUUACACAUUAGAAAGUGAA